CUGUAUGAAGGAAACCCGUUGCUAUUCACGGCGUCUGUCCCGGCCGCAUACGAACAAGGAUCUUCCGUUGCGCUUCCUUGGUCGAAUACAAAAAUUGACGACAUCUGGGCGAAUGUGGAUGCAGCUGGUGGGGCCAAAGCAGACGAGAUGAUCAACACAGACGAUUUGCUCGAUCCGGCCGACCGAGACAGUGCCACUGUGGCCGCUUGCGGCAAGGAGGCAGCUGCACCAAAUGGUCAAGUUCCGAAGAAAAAACGCGCUUGCAAAAACUGCACAUGUGGACUGGCUGAACAGGAACAAGCUGAGGAACAGGCUAAGGUCAAUACGGCUGGUGUCAAGUCAUCUUGUGGAAAUUGUUAUCUGGGCGACGCCUUCCGUUGUUCCACAUGCCCCUAUCGUGGUCUUCCACCGUUCAAACCCGGUGAACAAGUUCGUCUGCCGGACGACUUUCUUCAGUCGGACAUUUAA